AUGCAAAUUUUCAUUAAAGAUUACGCUGGUAGAACUUUAACCCUCGAAGUGGAACGCUCUUUUACUAUUGAAUUAGUAAAACAUUUGUUUAUUUAUCAAUUGUAUCAAUUAUCAAAAAUACCUUUCGAUAAAGACGUCGCAAUAAAUGAGAAUCGUUUAAUAUUUUGUGGUAAGUCGUUAGAAGAUGGACGUACACUCUCUGAAUAUAAUAUUCAAAAGGAAUCAACCCUUCACCAUGUAUUUCGCCUACGUGGUGGAUUAUCUAUGGGGUUUUUCAAAUUUCAGGAUUUGAGCAAACCUAUGAAGAAAUUACCGUGGUCUAAAAGAAGUAGUGGUUCUCAUUGGAAGUAUGCAACGCAUGGUCUCAAUUUUGAAGGAUAUUGUAAAAAUGAAAUUUGUGAAGCUCACGGACAAGGACGAGUCAGAAUCAGGUGGGGUUACCGCAAUUUUAAUUUUAUUAAGGAUGAACAUAAUUGUAAAUGCCCAGUCUGUGAUGGUUACGUUCAACCUAUCACCUGUGGAUUCGUCAACACUAGAUGGAAAUACAAAGGGACAAUAAAGAAACUAGGAUCUCCUUCAGAAGAUGUUAGUAGUGAUUGGAAAAUCGCUGACGAUGAUGGAUACACAACAUUCGAACAUGAAGAUACAGUAUCAUGGAAUAGUCUCGAAAUCUUUGUAGAAUGA